GUUCCCAAACAAAGAAUCAGAACAAUUUACGUUGCAAAAAACAGCACACAAAAAGUAACAAAGAUCAAAAUACAAGUGUGCGCAUUAAGACAUUCAACCGAAGUACGCUUAAUUUAUUGUUAGUAACGGUACUUGACAAAGCGCACAAUAAUAAAAGGAAGUGAACUAUGAACUUGUCCUUCGCUGGCUGCGGCUUUCUGGGCAUUUAUCAUGUCGGUGUGGCCGUGUGCUUUAAAAACUAUGAGCCACAUUUAUUGCUGGAGAAAAUUGGAGGGGCAUCGGCUGGCUCUCUAGCCGCGUGCUGUUUGCUUUGCGAUUUGCCAUUGGGCAGCAUGACAUCCGACUUUUUCCGGGUAGUUAACGAAGCUCGCCGCCAUUCGCUGGGUCCCUUCAGUCCAUCGUUCAACAUCCAGACCUGCCUGCUCGAGGGCCUACAGAAGCAUUUGCCCGAGGACGCACAUAAGCGUGUCAAUGGACGCCUACACAUCUCACUGACGAGCGUCUAUGACGGCCAGAACGUCAUCAUCUCGGAGUUCGAGUCGCGUGAGGAGGUGCUUCAAGCGCUGCUUUGCGCCUGCUUCAUUCCUGGCUUCUCUGGCAUUUUGCCGCCACGUUUUCGCGGUGUACGCUACAUGGACGGCGCCUUCUCGAACAAUUUACCCAUCUUGGAUGAGAACACUAUCACAGUGAGCCCGUUUUGCGGAGAGAGCGAUAUUUGUCCGCGUGACCAAAGCUCACAGCUGUUCCACUUCAACUGGGCCAACACAAGCAUAGAAAUCUCACGGCAAAACGUCAAUCGAUUUGUGCGUAUUCUCUUCCCUCCACGGCCGGAGUUCCUCUCAAAGUUUUGCCAGCAGGGCUUCGAUGAUGCCCUCCAGUUUCUGCACCGAAACAAUCUAAUCAAUUGCCGACGCUGUGUGGCUGUUCAGUCAACCUUUGUUGUCUCCGAAACAGUAGCCCAGCCACCCGAAUUUGAUCCAGAGUGUCGUGAAUGUAAAAAGCAUAGAAAGGACGCUUUGAGCUCAAAUAUGCCUCAGACAGUGCUGGACGUAAUACAGGACUACAUUGAGCAGGCCAACAAGGGCCUGGCCAACUGGAUCUUCAGGCAUCGUGGCAUUAAGCUGCUCUCGCUGCCAGCUACAGUGCCCAUGGACUUUUUGCUGGCGACAGUCUAUAAAAUAACCAGUCUGACCCCGAAGCUAACCAAGCAGAUGCGACAACUCGUAUCGCAGCUAAAUAAUUCCAUUCAAAUGCAUCUCUUUAGUAAGUUUCCGCUGUAUGACCAGCCACACUUCGACACCACAGGACUGCUGCACUCCAGUCGCUUGUAUGGACCGCGUGUCUCGAUACUGGUUGAUGAAUGCGGUGCUACACCACUUAAUGCGGAUGUUGAUAACUUUGAACAUGUUCUCAAGAUGAGCACGCAUAAUGACGCCUUAUAUGCCUACUACUACACUGAUAAUAGCACCAACCAUGUCAAAGUGACCGAAAUAUUUGAUUUUGAUGAAAUGACGGAGCACGGCCAGCUGGUUACAGAUUUACAGCUAUACGAAGGCUCCGUCGAGGAUCAUCCCAAUCCCCGCCAGCAGCAUUCCCAUAAUGCGGUUGUUAGCGAAUGGAACGGCGUCGAAUCGGACUUUUUCAUAGACUCUCAAACGCCACAUUCGACAGAAUUAGCGCUUGCGAGAGAGCAUGAUUCGCCAUACUUCAACACCUUCAAUCUCGAACACAACUCGGCAGACUUGAAUGAUCCUCCGACCAAUCAACCUAGCACGUCCAUAAAUAACAACGAUUUGUGUAUUAUAGAAAUUGAAUGA